AUGGCUUUACAGACGCCUCCUGGCUGUUUUUUCGUGCAAAAUCGAUUUAACGGACACGUGCUUCAAAUAGAAAGCGAGACAAGUAAUGUUUCGUUGAGACCGAAAAGCGACAAUGCAUCUGGCGAUCAACUAUGGUACAAAGAUGGUAAUUUUAUCAAAUCCAAACAUAAUAACUUAGCUUUAACUAUGAACCCAGGAAUGGCUGUGACUGGAGCGAAGUUAUAUGUAGCAUGCUGUCAGUGGAGUCCGUAUCAAAAAUGGAUUACAAAACAAAAAUGUCGAAUUGCGAAUCACAUGGAACAAUGUAAGCGAAUUUACUGUACUCUGUAGGCUGUAGCAUAUUGCCCAAAGGCUAAGUUAUUAAUAAUCUCUGUAUGAGCAAGGUUAGAUAGAUAGGUAGAGAGCUAUAGAGUAUAGAUCGAAUAGAUGAAAACUUGGUGAAAACUUGCAGGCGAAAAUUUUAAAUUCUAAGUAUUAUCUAUAUUGACAUUGAUAAUUGUCGUUAAUUGUUAAUGUUUUUAAAGUAUCUUACAAGUGUCGUACAAGUGAUUCAAGUAUUUGAAGAGUCCAUGCAUCUUCUCUGCAAGCUAAUAUCAUAAAGGUAGCGCUCUUAUCUUGAUGUAUAAUAUCUCUAUUUCCUAUACCAGCAAUCUGGCAGUGGUUCAGGUGUAUAGACUGUAUACGCAAUGGGUCACAAAGAAUGUUGUUAGAUUGGUGAGCUGACUGUGUUAAUUGAUCAUCCUUUCUUUAAAUAUCGUUUCUCUUUACUCGCCAUGCAUGUAAAAUAUGCAGUAUAUAACAGUAAAUACAAUACAAUAUUUGGAACCUCGUUAGAAAUACAAUGCAACUCAUUAUCAAUGUUAGUUCAGUCAAUUACAGUAAAAUGCGAGUCUUUUGCAUGUCACUCAUUCAACCACAUCCGCUAGGAAAGGAAAAAUUGCUAGUGUGAAGCCAUUCUCGUCCCCAGAGCCAUUUUCACCCGGUCACUUGUUGACUAAAAUUAGGCUCUGGUAAUCGCUCCGGGUUAGACGACCAAAGGGAGAGAUAUGAUUGGCAGGGACGUCGCUACAGGGGUGUGUGUGGUGUUAGGGUGUAACACCCCCCAAUAAUUCAAAACGUUGGUCAAAGUUGGUCAAAAUGGAACUAAUAUUCGCUUAAAAUUGAAGGUCAAAGUUGGUAAAAUUUGGUCAAAGUUUGAGAUAAAAAUGGUCGAAGUUAUGAAAUCGUUCGCAAUUUUAACAAUUUCUAAGCUUGGUUAUGUUUGCGCUGAAACAAUUGCAAGCCUUGCUUAUUUUGGUCGAAAAUAUUUGAAACUUUGCUUAUGUUAGUACGGAAAAUUUUUUGAACCCCCCCGUCGACAACAUUUUCGGGAAACAUUUCUACUACUUGGUCAAAAUUCUAGGAACCCCCCCCCCCAAAUGUUGAUGUCUUUACGACGUCCCUGAUGAUUGGCUUCUCAGGGAACUGCUAUUUCGCAGAAGUUGAGCAGUUUUCGCUAGGCAAAAUUAUUCUAUCAACAAAACAUGUCAACACAAAUACUUCGUUUCUUCGUAAUAUUUCUCUGAAAAUUGUUACGGGUGCUAAAGAGUCCAAAUUCAAGGGUAUGCGCUUUAGAGACUACUGCAAGUUUUUUGCACUUCCGCAACCUCGUGCCCAGGGCUUCUGAUAAAGGUCGCGCUCCGUCGAGAGGCCCUGGGAACGAGGAUGGUGUGAAGCAGGCUUAAGCAGGCUUUAGAUUGAACGAUUGUUCAUGUACGAGAUUGUAUUCACUGAUCUCAAAACUCGGAUAGUUAGAACAUCCUUUUGAUUUUGAAGAAUGAAAAUUUUUUUCCAAAAACCUACAAUCUUUUUGGCGUUCCAACUUUGUUUUAGCUUAUUUUGUAGUUUAAACUUUAAACAUUUAGCAACCUUUUUAAAAAUGUAUCUGGCGGGUGAGAAACACAAAAAUAAAUGAAAUAUUGUCAAUUUAAAUACAAUUAUCAUUGAUGCCAUAUUUAUACAGCAAUAUAAGAAAACUUACUGAACUUCAGACUUCAUUUUCUCUUUGGCGUACCAUUUAAAAUGUUUUCAUUUUAGCCGCAUAAUUUUUCAGAUAUUACACAGCUUACUAUACAUUUUUAAAGUUUUAAGCCCCACACUUCAAUACCAUAAUAGAAAAGCGACAUGAAUAUAACAUAUCAAAUAAUUUACACAGGCAAAGUCAUUUGCUUGAUGACUAAGCUAAAUUUAAAUACCUAACAAAAAUGUCUUCCCAUUAUGAAAAUUUAGGUUACAAAAUCAGGUUCGUUGAAUUCAAAAAGAUAGCCAAAUCCAGUCCUACAAUCCUGGCAAAAAUUAUUGUGGACAAUAAUACCUGCCUUGCCCAAUACAUAGGUGCAAAACAGCAAUUUUUAACACCCCCCUUCAAUGUUGAAAGCUUAUAAAUUGUCACUGUUAGGUGAAAGCUUUUUGAAAUCGUCGACCCAAUAUAUUCCUGUUUGUAUUCUUAUAGGUUUAGUAUUACAGACAGACGAUAGUUCUAACGUUAGAGUCAAGCUAGAACAUUGGAAUGACGACCCAAAACAACUUUGGGACUUUGUGCCGGUGGGAAAAAAGACCACUAGUGAAGAAAGAAUCAGUCUUCUGUCAACAACCACAGAAAUAUGA